AUGACAGAACCCAGGUCAGGACAAGGCCUGCUGCUCUUCACGCAGCCUGCCUAUAAUGCUUCCAUUUUUGAGAACUCAGCAACGAGAACGUAUACCAGGAGUGAGGCUAACAUGGGCAUCAUUCUUGGGCCACCCAGGUCUUUAGACAUAAAAUACUCCAUUACGUCUGGAGACAGUGAGGGAAUCUUCCAGGCUGAGGAGUUUGUAAUGGGAGAUUUUUGUUUCCUCCGUGUACGCACCAAUGGAGGCAGUGGCGGCACAUUAAAUCGGGAAGUACAGGACAAUUACACACUGACAGUUAAGGCUUCUGCCCACGGAGGUCUUCAAUCUUUAGCUACAGUUUAUAUCAAGGUAUUGGAUACCAAUGAUCUCCGACCUCUCUUCUCCCCGACCUCCUAUUCCUUCGUUGUUUCUGAGAGUGCCCCACUGGGUGCCAGCAUCGGACGUGUUACAGCCACAGAUGCGGAUGUGGGUUCCAACGGGGAGUUCUACUACUUCUUCAAGAACAGGAUUGAACUCUUUGCUGUUCAUCCGACUAGUGGUGUUAUCACCCUAACUGGUCGUCCCAGGUUGGACAGACAAGAGCGAUUUAACCUAGAGGUGCAGGUGGUGGACAGAGGGAUGAAACUCUAUGGGAACAAUGGUAUCAGCAGCACUGCUAGGCUGGUCCUAACAGUGGAGCGGGUCAAUAACUUUUCCCCUGUUCUCAAUGUAAUUGCUGUUGUUCCAGAAUGGGCAGACAAGGACCCAGUAUAUGCCAUAUUGACUGUGGAGGACAAAGACGAGGGCGUAUCUGGGGAUAUAGAAUGGGUGUCCAUUAUUGAGGGUGACCACCUUGAACAAUUUGUCAUUGAUCGAUCGCCUGUCAGUAAUGAGUAUAGGGUUAAAACAUCAGAAUUGUUCGACUGGGAUACAUUCCCCUAUGGUUGUAAAUUAACCUUCCAAGCAAAAGACAGAGGUAUGCCUCCUAAGUUUUCCAAUACUGAAGUUGUUCAGUUGUUGGUUUCAAAGCCAGACCCAGUGUUAGGGAAUUUCGAGAAAGAUGUUUAUGAAGUCAAGCUGAGUGAAAUAGCUCCCCCAGGCACUAUUGUGGAGGUGGUGAAAAUCUCUCCAGCUCCUCUGAGUGUCAAUUACAGCUUCAGCAACCCCUUAGAUCUAAUGUACUUUGAUAUAAACCCUUUGACUGGAGUUAUCAUGACCACAAGGCAGCUGACAAGGAUAUCACAGGAUUUCAUGGAGAUGGAGGUAGUUGAUGUUAUCAGUCAGCAGCAAGCAAGGGUCCAAAUCACCAUAGAGGAUGCUAAUGACAACUCUCCAGUGUUCAACAAGCCCGUCUAUGAAAUAGCAAUCAAUGAGAGCUUACCUGUUGGCACAGUUGCUCUUGUGGUGUCUGCUGUGGAUGCUGAUAAAGGAGAGAAUGGGUAUGUAACCCACACAAUAAACGGAGAACAGUCUCUUCCCUUUACAAUAGACCAGGUCACAGGGGAAGUGAGAAUAACAAGAGACCUAGACUUUGAGUCAUCAGAUGAUAUCUAUACUUUUGCAGUGCGGGCCUCAGACUGGGGUUCACCUUUCAGAAGGGAGAGUGAAGUUAAUGUCACCAUUCGUCUGACAAAUAUAAAUGACAACCAGCCUCUUUUUGAGAGUGUUUCCUGCAGAGGGAUGAUAAGCCGUGAUUUCCCUGUCAGUCAGACUAUUGUCACUUUGUCAGCCGUGGACAUGGACGAGCUAGAAAUGGUAACAUACAAAAUACUGUCUGGUAACGAGUUGGACUAUUUUGACUUAAAUCCAGAAUCAGGGUCUUUGUCUUUGAAAAGAUCGUUAGGGGUGGUUAAUUUAAAAAGCGGGAUAUUUAACCUAAAAAUAGUUGCUACAGAUGGUGAGUUGUUUUCUGAUCCUACAUUUGUGAAUGUGUCUGUGGUGAGGGGUCGUCAGCCACCCAGGGGGUUCAACUGCAAGGAGACCAGGGUUGCCCAGAUGUUGGCAGAAAGAAUGCUUUCAAAAGUGUCCGCUAUGGCUCGACCAAAACCAGAAGAAAGAUACACAGAUACACUUUUCUCUAUCAACAAACAGGCUCCACAGUUUGAAGCCUUACCUACUAGUAUUCUGGUGAAAGAGGACUUGACUUCUGGUGCCAGUGUAUUUACGGUGAGGGCACGAGAUGGGGACACAGGCUUUAACGGCCGUAUUCUCUUUUCCAUAUCUGAUGGUAACAAGGAUAACUGCUUUAAUAUCAACAUGGAGAGCGGGUUGAUAACUGUGUUAGAGCCACUUGACCGUGAGCGAUUGGAUCGUUACUUCCUUAAUAUUACUAUUUACGACCAGGGCUCUCCUCAGAUGUCCAAUUGGAGACUACUAACUGUGAUCAUUGAGGACACAAAUGACAAUGACCCUCAGUUUGAUCAGGAGAGCUUCUCUGCUGUUGUUGCAGAAAACUCGGCCAUUGGUGUCGAAGUUAUUACAAUCACUGCCUUUGACAGAGACAUGGGUCAAAAUGGACAAAUCUCAUACGUAAUGCUCACCAGUGUCCCUCAGUUUGGUAUUGACAGCGAAACUGGAAGUGUAUUUGUUUCCAGCCACUUGGACAGAGAGACUAUCCCAAUGUUCCCUUUAAAGAUUGAAGUGCGGGACAAGGCUGAAAGAGGCACUCGGAGGUCAUCAGUGACUACUCUUACCAUAAUUGUGGAGGAUAUCAAUGAUUGCGCUCCAGCUUUCAUCCCUAGCAGCUAUAAUGCUCGAGUGCUUGAGGACCUGCCUCCAGGGGCCGUGAUUACCUGGGUGGAGGCUCAGGACCCAGACAUGGGCCCCGGGGGACAUGUCCGAUACUCCUUGAUUAAUGACUUCAAUGGCACUUUUGAGAUUGAUGUUGGGAGCGGAGCAUUGAGGAUAAGGAAGGAGCUGGACUUUGAGAAACAACAGUUUUUUAACCUGACAGUACAAGCUGAGGACAGAGGGAUACCCAGCCUCAUCAGUCAGACAUUUGUGGAGGUGGAGGUGGUGGACGUCAACGAGAAUUUGUAUGCACCCUACUUCUCUGACUUUGCUGUGAGAGGCUCAGUGAAGGAGAACUCUCGAGCGGGCACAAGUGUCCUGACAGUCAGCGCUAAGGACGACGAUAAGGGGCGAGAUGGGGUGUUGAGGUAUUCUGUCAGAGGAGGCAGCGGACUGGGCACUUUCACCAUUGACGAAGACACAGGGGUUAUUUAUACUGCUGGAAUCCUGGACUGUGAGACCAAAGACUCCUACUGGCUUAGCGUCUUUGCCACAGACCGAGCAGUUACUCCCCAGUCUUCCUCUAUUGAAGUCUUCAUACAGGUAGAAGAUGUGAAUGACAAUGCUCCCCUCACCUCAGAUCCUAUCUUUCACCCAGUCGUCAUGGAGAACUCUCCAAAGGAUGUGUCAAUCAUCCGUAUCCAGGCGCAGGACCCUGACCUCACUGCCAUUCCCAGUCGUUUAAGUUACCGCAUCACCGCCGGCAACCCGCAGAAUUUCUUCUCUAUCAACCCCAGAACAGGGCUGAUCAAGACAACCGCGAGAAAACUGGACAGAGAACAACAGGCGGAGCACUUCUUAGAGGUAACAGUGAUAGACGGCCCAGUGACCACCCGGCAGUCCACUGUUUGGGUCAUAGUUCACGUCGAGGACGAGAACGACAACCCGCCCACUUUCCCCGAAGUCACCUAUCGCAUCAGCUUGACCGAACGAGACCGCAACAAACGUGGCGAACAGGUGUACCGUGUCUUCGCUUAUGACCGUGACCUAGGAGCCAAUGGCAACAUCACCUACAGCAUUGUCGAUGGUAAUGAGGAAGACAAGUUCAGUAUUGACCCCAGGACUGCCAUGGUGUCAUCCAAGAAGAUGGUGACAGCGGGAAGCUAUGACAUCCUCACCAUAAAAGCUGAGGACAGCGGUGAUCCCCCAUUAUGGUCUACUGUCAAACUCCACGUAGAAUGGAUUCGAAAACCCGUCCCCUCGCCUGUAACUCUACUAUUUACCCAGAGGUCCUACAAUUUCUCUAUUUCGGAGACAGCUGUCGUGGCUCAGCCGGUGGGAGUAGUGGCUGUCAGCCAGUCGAGCACACCUGUCUGGUUCAAUAUUAUCGGCGGACGUCUUGCCAGAGAAACUUUCUACAUUCCUCAAAAUGCCUGUGGAAGAAACUGCUCACUUGAAACAGGGAGCUUUGACAUGCAGUAUGACCUUCAGGUGGGGGUGGGAACUCUAGUUGUGGCCAAGCCCCUGGAUGCAGAGGUGCAGUCUGUGUACAACAUGACUAUUCAAGUGACAGAUGGGACCAACUUUGCCACAGCUCAGGUGUUUAUCCGAAUAUUGGACAGCAACGACAACCCUCCGGUCUUCUCCCAGCCAGCCUAUGAUGUCAGUGUCUCAGAGGACGCACCAGUAGACAUGGAGCUGCUGCGGGUCAGAGCCUCGGACAUGGACGAGCGUGCCCGUUUGAGCUUCUCCAUCUAUGGCAGUGCAGACCCAGUCAGUAUGAGGCUGUUCAGGGUCAACCCUGGCACCGGGGUGGUCUACACCGCAGACCGGCUGGACUACGAGGCCAGAACACAGCACAUCCUCACUAUCAUGGUCAAGGACCAGGAGUUUCCAUUUAACCGCGACCUGGCUCGUAUCCUGGUGGCAGUGGAGGACUCUAAUGAUAACAUCCCCUAUUUCACCAGCACUGUAUAUGAUGCUGUGGCCUAUGAGUCAUCUCCUAUAGGCACUCCUGUCCUACAAGUGACAGCCUUAGACAAAGACAAUGGGAUUAACGGGAAACUCUCCUAUACCUUUGAAGCAGGGAACACUGCUGGUGUGUUUGGCAUUGAUAAUGCCACAGGAGUUAUUUUCAUCGCCAGGGACCUGGGCCUCAGCUCUGUGGGAUUUUACACCUUAACUGUGCGAGUCACAGACAGUGGAUUUCCUCCAUUAAUGGCCACAGCUUCAGCUCGCAUCUCAUUGAUACUCUCCGACUUUUCGCAACCCAAAUUCUCUCUGAAUGAGUAUCAGGCCGAGAUAAUGGAGAACAGCUCCAUUGGAACGCAUGUGAUCACCGUUAAUGCGCUCAGCCGCUCAGCCGUCAUAUAUGAAAUCUCCAGGGGCAACGACGAGAACUGCUUCUUCAUCAACCAUCACACGGGUGUAAUCACCACACGCAGACCCCUUGACUUUGAGCAAACUACAUCCUACUUUCUGGUGGUGCAUGCCCUGAGCAUGGCGGGAGUCGAGGCCAGCACCACCGUCAUCGUCCAGGUGGGGGAUGUGAAUGAUAACCCACCAGUCUUCCGGGAAAUCAGGUAUGUGGGAGUAAUCAGUGAGGCUGCUCUAGUCAACACGGUGGUCUUGGGAGAGGAUGGGAACCCUCUCGUCAUCCAGGCGACCGAUAGGGACCGAAACCACAACGCCCUGUUGGUGUUCCAGAUCAUAGACGACACCGCUCGUAUGUUUUUCAGCGUGGACUCUGGGACUGGAUCGAUCCGAACGAUCUCCAGCCUGGACUAUGAGAACUUCUCUGAGUUUGUCUUCCGGGUUCAUGUAAGGGACAGUGGUUUUCCUCCAUUGAGUGCUGAGAGCCCCGCAGAGGUGAUUAUAAAGGUGAUCAACAUCAAUGACUCACCUCCAAAGUUGUCACAGGACACUUACGAGGCGGUCCUCCUCCUACCGACCUACAUAGGAGUCGAGGUCCUCAGGGUAGAGGCUUUGGACCCCGAUAUGACCUCUGACCCCACCCUGAGCCCUGACAAAUCCAUCACCCCUCAGCUGGUUUACUCUCUGGUGGACAGCAAUGCGGAGUUCUUCUCUGUGGAGCGCUACACUGGUGUUGUGACCGUCGUCAAUCAAGACCUCAGUAAAGACCGUUACCGCUUUAAUGUGAAGGUUUGGGAUGGGCGUUUCUCCAGCAUGGCGUCGGUCACAGUGCUUGUCCGAGAAGCGAUAGAUAGCGGCCUUCUCUUCACCUUCCCUGUCUACUCCGCCUCCAUCCCAGAGAACAUACCUGAUGUCACUGUGGUCACUGUUGUCAACACAGUCGGCCACCGUCUCAACGAACCGCUGAAGUACACUCUGCUGAACCCCAGCGGACGCUUCAUCAUUCGGCCAACUUGCGGGGUGGUGCUCACCACUGGAGUGCCUUUUGAUCGGGAGGAGAAGGACAGUUACGAACUGGUGGUGGAGGUCCGCAGAGAAGAUGAAAUAGUGAAGGUGGCCAGGGUGACCGUACAAGUUCAGGUGGAGGAUGUGAACGACAAUGCUCCAGAGUUUGUGAACCUCCCUUACUACGCUGCAGUGCAGGUCGAAGCAGAGCCUGGAUCAGCUAUUUUCAGAGUGUCCGCCACCGACUUAGACUACGGUCUUAAUGGAGAAGUGACAUACAGUCUUAAGAAGCAGCACAGGAACUUUCAGGUGAACCCACUGACAGGAGAGCUGACGUUAAAGAGGGCCUUUGAGGCUGACCUCUCCAACGCAGAGUACAAGCUGGUCCUUGUGGCCAGUGACGGAGGUUUCCCACUUCUUUCCAGUGAGGUGGAGCUGCCUGUUACCAUAGUGAAUAAAGCCAUGCCGGUGUUUGACAAACCUUUCUAUGGUCUCACUGUCAGAGAGGAUGUAGCCGUCUCCACCUCUGUCCUGUGUAUCAAUGCCACCAGCCCUGAAGGCCAGAGCAUCAUCUUCACCAUCACAGACGGAGACCCUUCACUGCAGUUCGACAUUGGCUUUGACACAGGAAUCAUCAUCGUGAUUUACCUGUUAGACUACGAGAGCACGCAGUACUACCGGCUGACGGUGAAGGCUACAGAUACGCUGACCGGGGCAAAGUCUGAGGUCGAUGUGGACAUCAUCGUGCUGGAUGUGAACGAUAACCCGCCACUGUUUCAGAACACUUCAUACUCCUCUGUGAUCGCUGAGAACUCCAUGAUUGGGACAGCCGUGUUACAGGUGUUUGCUCAGGAUCAAGAUUCAGAGAAAAACGCCGCGGUGAGUUACCAGAUCCUAUCUGACAUCUACAACAGCACAGACUACUUCCACAUUGACAGUAACAGCGGAUUGGUAUUCACGGCACGCCUGCUCGACUAUGAGCUCGUCCAACGCUACAACUUCAUUGUCAGGGCGACAGAUAGUGGAGACCCUGCCCUCAGCAGUGAUGUUAGUGUCACUGUGACUAUAACCGAUACAAACGACAACCCUCCUAAUUUCAGCCAAGCGCUGUACGAGGCCUUUGUCAGCGAGCUGGCUCCCCGGGGGCACUUUGUGACUUGUGUUCAGGCGUCGGAUGCCGACAUCUGUGAUGCUCAGAGACUCAGGUACACUAUUCUCUCCGGGAAUGACAAAAUGAUUUUCAUGAUGGAGCCAGAUACAGGCGUGCUCAGUCUGUCUAACAAGAGGAGACAAGGCAUGAAACUCUCUUAUCAACUAAAUGUGUCCGUGUCAGAUGGAGUCUUCACCAACACCGCUCAGGUGAUUGUACGUGUCCUCGGAGCCAACCUGUACAGCCCAGUGUUCAGCCAGAGGUUCUACCUGGCUGAAGUCCAAGAAAAUGCUCCUCCGGGGUCAAAGGUCAUUCAAGUCCGUGCAACAGAUGAAGACUCCGGGCUGUUUGGCCAGAUCAGCUACUCCUUCAUCAAUGACCUGGGGAAAACUCAGUUCACCAUCGAUGCAGAUGGAUUCAUAUCAACCGCUCAGAAAUUAGACAGAGAAAACCCUCUUAACAAGGACAUGGUGCUGACCAUUAUGGCCCUGGAUGGUGGAGGCCGGGCAUCGUUUUGCACAGUUCGAGUGGUUCUUGCUGAUGAGAAUGACAACGCCCCUCGGUUCAGAGCCGUGGAGUACCGCAUGAGCAUUAAAGCUAAUGUUGCUAAAGGUUCUCUGGUCACACAGAUCCAAGCCACUGACACUGAUGCUGGGUCUAAUGGGAGGGUUACCUACUCCCUUUACAGCGAGGCACGCCUUUCACUGGUGGAUGUCCUGGAGGUGGAGGCGGACAGCGGUUGGAUGAUGACUAAAAGCACCGUGGACCACCUCCAGGGGACGGUGCUGUCCUUCUUCGUCAAAGCCACAGACUGCGGUUCCCCGGCCAAACACUCGCUGGUGUCAGCCUUCAUCCACGUGGUCCCACCAGAUGCAUUUGUACCCUCCUUCAGCCAGCCUCAGUACUCCUUCACCAUCCCAGAGGACACAGCAGCAGGGACAGCUCUGGGGUCUGUGUACAUGGUCCCCGGACAGACUGGGAGCUUCUCUGCAGUUGGAGGAGAAACGCUCGACAGCAACCAGGGAGGGACCUUCCUGGUGGAGAGGGACACGGGGCUGAUCCGUCUGAUCAAGCCACUCGACUAUGAGCUCAUCAGCAUCUUCCGCUUUAAGGUCGCAGCAACAACAAGAAAAGACCUGAUCGAGUCCGUCUCCACUGUGGACGUCGAGGUUAAGAUCCUCGAUGUGAAUGACAACAAGCCAAUGUUUGAGACGAAUGCCUAUGUUGCCACAGUGAUGGAGGGGAUGCCAGUAGGGACCAGAUUGAUACAAGUCCGUGCACUUGAUCCAGACUGGGGCUCGAACGGACAGGUAACCUACAGCCUUGGACCUCUGAUCAACUUCAACUUGGACUUGACAAAGGACGCUCGCACCGUCAGUAGCCCAAUCACUAUGAGCUCAGUGUUUGCUAUUGACAGUAAAACAGGCUGGAUCACCACACUGAGUCAGAUGGACCACGAGGCCUGCUCCAGCUACAGCUUUGAAGUAGUGGCCUCUGACCUGGGGGAGUCCCAGUCUCUCUCCUCCACCACAGUGGUUACCAUCACUGUGUCCGAUGUUAACGACAACCCCCCGCAGUUUGAGAGGGAGCUUUACCGGGGGGCAGUAACGGAGAACGACCCCCUCGGUGAGGUAGUAGCUCUUCUAAAAACUAAAGAUCAAGACGGCACGGACCAAAACCGCCUCGUCAACUUUUACAUAACUGGGGGGAACCCGCGGGGCGUGUUUGGCCUGGCUCUCGUUCAGGGAGAGUGGAAGGUUUAUGUGAGCGGCCUGCUGGAUCGGGAGCAGCAGGACUUGUAUCUGCUCAACAUCACAGCCAGCGACGGCUUAUAUGUGGCUCGCACUGCAGUGGAAGUCACCGUCAUGGAUGCAAAUGACAACAGUCCCAUCUGCAACCAGGCGGUGUACAGUGCCUCUUUCCCUGAGAACAUUCCCAUUAACAAGGGCAUUGUGUCAGUGGGCGCAACAGAUGCUGACUCAGGCUCCAGCGCUGAGAUCCAAUACUCACUGUUUGGCAUCGGGGUUGAAGAUUUCUACAUGGAUGCCAACACUGGUGAGCUGCGCACGGCCACGGUCAUGGACAGGGAGAUGACGACCACUUAUAAACUCAUUGCCCAGGCUACUGAUGGAGGAGGGCUGUUCUGCCGCUCUGACAUUUCUCUCAAAGUGUUGGAUGUGAAUGACAAUGCCCCCUCCUUCUCCUCUCCCCAUUACCUGGCUAGCGUUUAUGAGAAUGCCGCUCCCAAGGCUUUGCUCACCCGGCUGCAAGCCAGCGACCCAGAUGAAGGAUUUAACCGUACAGUAGUCUAUUCUCUGGUGGAUUCAGUCAACGGGUUGUUUUCCAUUGAACCCGUAUCAGGGAUGGUAAUUCUGGAGAAGACUCUAGACAGAGAGAGCCAAGACUCCUAUCGAGUCCGUGUCCAGGCCACUGAUCAAGAUGGGCAACAGGGGGCGCUGUCCUCCCAGGUGGAUUUGACCAUUUUGGUGCUGGAUGUGAAUGACAAUGCUCCAGUCUUCCAGAGGAGGGACUACGCUGUCACCGUCCCUGAGGAUGUUGCCGUGGGAACCGAGGUGCUGAGAGUGAUGGCGACGAGUGUGGACAUCGGACCGAAUGCUGAUAUCGCCUACACCAUCCGGUCAGGCAACGAGCUGAGAAAGUUCAGCAUAGACAGAAACCAGGGCUCUAUUUCUGUGGCUGAUGAUUUGGACUUUGAGGUGUGUAAGGACUACUACCUCACCGUGGAGGCCUGGGACAGCGGGAACCCUCCUCUCAGCACAGCUACCAUGGUAACCAUUGAACUGAUGGACGUCAACGACAACGUUCCAACCUUCAGUCAGGACAUCUACAAUGUUCUGGUCAGCGAGGAUGCGUCUGUCGGGCAGACAAUAACGAGGGUUUCCGCAGAAGAUUUGGACAGCCAGGUGAAUGGGCGCAUCACAUACUCCAUCCUGAAAGGGGACCGCACUAACCACUUCUGGAUUGACCCUGUGACAGGACUGCUCAAAGUCAAUAAGCGGCUCGACAGAGAACUAGUAUCCCAGUACUCUUUGUCAGUGCAGGCGUUCGACAGUGGCUCUCCUGCCAUGUCCUCCACCGUCACCCUCAACAUCGACAUAUCUGACGUCAACGACAACCCCCCUGUUUUCACUCCUCCCAACUCCACAGCCGCCAUACAGUUAAACCAAGCUGCCGGCACCACCCUGCUGAAGCUGUCAAUGAGCGAUAAAGACUCCACUAGAAAUGGCCCUCCCUUUGAGUUUCGACUGGUGUCAGGAAAUGAGGGAAAUUUCUUCUCCUUCGACCAGACUGGAACUCUGAGGGCAAAACGUGUGUUUGGCCCUGAAGCCCCCAGAGAGUUCACUCUUGAAAUCCAGGCAACUGACUCUGGUAAACCAAGUCUGACUUCCUCCUCCUGGAUAUUUAUGAGAGUCAUCGGGAACAGUCAGUAUAAACCCGCUGUCUCCCCCAUGGAAAUCUUCAUCGUCAUGGUAACAGACACGUUCCAGGGCGGGCCAAUUGGUCAGAUCUACGCAACGGACCGCGACCCCAAUGACGUGCUGUCAUUUACCCAGAAGCUUCAGCCCAAAAGCAUGUUUACGAUAAACAGACAGGAUGGCAGCAUUGUGGCUCUGCCGGGCCUGGAACCUGGCAGAUACCAGAUGAAUGCCACAGUGAGCGAUGGACGUUUCGCUGUGAUAGCAGACGUGUCGGUGCAGGUGGAACAGGUGACAGAUGUGCUGCUGCGUAGCGCCCUGACCUUACGUUUCAGCUCUCUGUCCCCGGAGGACUUGCUUGGCCGCUACUUGAACCAGAUCAAACUAACGCUGCGGGGACUAGCCGGUUGGAAAUGGUCACCAGGACAACAGGAUCCCCUCCACAUACUGGGUGUUCAGCCGGUGAUGGGGACAACGAAAGUGGAUUUACUUCUGGCGGUGGAAAUGCCAGAGACAUCAGGCGGCGGACGGAUGAGUGGGAUCUACUCGCAGCAAGAGUUCUCUGCUAAGCUGAAGGAAGCAGCCGUGCGGGGGCAGAUUCGGGGCAUCCUGUCCGGGGCGGAGGUGCUGAGCUCUGCCUGCUCUGGGGAGCUGGAGUGUGGGGAGAGGGUGUGUGAGCAGACCCUGGUGAUGGACGGGGAGUCGACUGUCACCUACAGCACAGAGAGGGUCAGCUUGGUGUCACCCAGGUUCAGCCGCAAAGAGACCUGCACCUGCCCCGGGGGGACUUGCUCCAGUCCUGUGGAACUUUGUGAAGGUCAGUCCUGUCCAGCAGACAUGCAGUGUGUCCGCUCUGGUCCUACAGCGCCAUCUGUCUGCCAGUGUCAGCCUGAGAGACUAGACGAGUGUGCAGGCCAAACCUCUCUUAGUUUCUCUGGAAACAGCUACAUCAAGUACAGAGUGACAGAGAGUGGCCAAAGUGGAGAGAUGAGGCUCGGCCUGAGGAUCCGAACACUUCAGAGAAGAGGAGUCAUCAUGUUCACACGUGUUAACCCCUGCACCAUGCUCAAGAUUGAAGAGGGUCGACUCUGGUUCCAGUUGGACUGUGACAACACCCUUGGCAUUAUGGGUAUCUCUGGCAGACCAAUAAACGACGGCCUCUGGCAUGCUGUUGCCUUGGAGCUGACUAGGAACUAUACCCUCCUGUCACUGGAUGACAGCUAUGUUGAGCGCAGGCGAGCAGCCAGAGCUCCUGUUCGCCUUUGGCCUCUGGCCCCAGAUUCAUCAUUUUUCUUUGGGGCCCAAGUGAGGCCAGUGAGCGGGCCGAGCGAGAGGCCGCCAAGAGCCCAGGACGGAUUCCAGGGAUGCCUGGGCUCGCUGAGGCUGAACGGUAACGAGCUGCCUCUCCAAAAUAAGAGGAGCCGUUAUGCCGAGAUCGCCGGCCUGAGCGAGGUCAAGUUGGGCUGCGUGCUUUAUCCGGAUCCAUGCGUCAGUCAGCCCUGCCUCAACGGAGCCAUGUGCAGCAGCCUGCCCUCUGGAGGCGUCGUGUGCACUUGCAGCGGUGGCUUCACUGGGGGGCGCUGUGAAGUUGAAUUGACAUCCUGCAUGCCAAACCCAUGCCAGAACGGGGGGGAAUGUAAGCCUGUCGGCGGUGCGUUCCUCUGUGGCUGUCCUGCAGGACUCGGGGGAAUUAUAUGUGACCAGGAUGUUGAUGAGUGUGAGCAGGACGGCUGUGGAGAUGAAGCCGACUGUGUGAACACGUUCGGGUCGUUCUACUGUAACUGUUCAGAGGGGUACGAGGGGCAGCUUUGUGAUGAUCAGUCACCUGACGAUGAGGGGGAUGACACACAGCCCCUAUCUUAUGUCGGACCAGGAGAGAUUGUGGGCAUCGGGGUCCUUAUCUUUGUCAUCAUCUUCCUCCUCAUACUCUUCAUCGCCUUCAGGAAGAAAAUUAAAUUCAGGAAAGAGUCAGACCCAGGCCCGGGGACUCAGGCUGUCAUGGGGGUUUCAGCUAUCUCCACGGAGACCAGAUACAUGCUGCACAAGACUGGCAUGGGCGCAGAAGGGAUUGAGUUUAAAGCCGUGCGUGUGUCGGGGUCUCCAGCCACCACGAGCACCUAUGGUGAGGUGGGGGGCGGCACUGGGGGCCCCCCCCAGGUCAUGGUGCGCCCCACUAACCAUUCCCCCUUACCAGGAGCAUUCAGCAGCCAGGGCAUGAGGGGGGGAGAUGGGGAAAGGACCACAUCCAGUGAGGGCAGUCAGUUGAGCAGCUUCCUCUCAGACAUGUCUAAUGUCCGAGGUUUGGCCAAUCGGAGGGGUAUCGCAGUGUGCAGCGUGGCACCCAACCUCCCCUCUGCAUCGGCCUGCUGCUCAGACCACAGUCCAGCUCACAAAGUGUCCUGGGAGGGAGAGGAGAUGAGGGGUGAGGGGAUGGAGAGAGUGAGAGUGGAGAGAGAGGAGGAAUGGGGGCAGAGAGCUUUUGAGCUGGAGAGAACACAGAGAGAUAACAGUCCACAGGAAGUAUCAGGGCUGGUGGAGGAAGUGGCACGUCUAUCAGAUUCCACCUCUGAGGAACACUCUUCCUACACUUCAGAAUCCUUCGAUGACAAUGCCUCCAUAGUGACAGUCAUACGUCUAGUCAAUGACGCUGUUGAUAAUAUUGAAAGUGAAGCAUACCGCUGGGAGCCUUGCAGUCAGACGACGACCUGGUUGUCACCUUCACGUCUGCGUCUACCGGAGCUGGGAUCUAAUCUGAACCUCAGUGACAGCGAGCAGAACAUCAGACGGGGGGGCAGCAUGCGGUCUCUCCAGCUGGACUACAAAGUGAUAAGCUGCAGCGAGGACAGAGGCGGAGAGCAGGAGGCGGAGAGCGAGAGGAGGGCCUUCCACUGGGAGAGGAAUCAGACGGGGGAGUGGGUGAGGAAACGCCUCCUGGAGAAAGAAGAAAAGAGGGGACACGACGGGGAAGGAAAGGAGAAGGGAGAAGGGAGCAGAGACAGGGGGGCGAGCGAGGACCAGCAGCAUGACAGCGGGGAAGAAAACUCCUCGCCUGUUUACGAGGAAUACCGAGAGCGUGACCCAGAGCACGGUGAAGACGGCCUCUAUGACACUCUCCCCCCGACGCGACGAGCCUACGAAGGGUACCCGUCGAGCCCCUCAGCCGUCAACCUGCACCCGGCUCAGCUGCUGCCCCCCCUCAGGGCCUGGGACCUACAGACGGGGGAGUGGCGGGGGUCCCAGGAGGGCCGCAGGGGGCUCGGCUCCGGCAGCCUGUCGGGGUCCGGGGACGAGCUGGAGAGACUCCUGAACCUCGUGUCCCUCAGAGCCAGGAGGGCCACGCGGACAAACAGAGCCUCCACCCAAUCGGACCCCUCCACAGACUGGGACGAGUUGAAAUGA